AUGCAAGCAGAGGCUAACAAAUUGAUUAAAGAGAAAACUAAUGCGAUGAAAGAGAAGACUAAUGCUAAGAAAAUUAGUAUGUAUCUAAGGCUAACUUCGGAAGAGCAUCUCAAUGACCGUAAGAAAGAGCUUCAAAUUGAAGAAGCUUAUGUACUCAACCGAUUUAGAGAGCGUCGAAGAAAAAUUCGAGAAGAUAUUGCACCUCGUAGUAGAAAAUAUCUCGGUAGGGAUCAUGCAGCGGCAAACCAAAGGCUAAUUGACGACUACUUUGCCAAUGAGCCUACAUAUGACGAUGCAAUGUUUCGUCGACGGUACCGGGUUAGUGAUAACCACUUCACCCAACGCGUUGAUGCAGCCAAUAAACAAGGUAUAUCACCCUUAGCAAAAUGUACCACAGCAAUGCGAAUGUUAGCAUAUGGUGUGGCAGUAGAUGCGGUCGAUGAGUACAUCAAAAUUGGAGGUACUACAUCAUUGGAGUGUUUACGUAGAUUCUGUAAAGGAAUCAUACGAUUGUAUGAGCAACAGUACCUGAGAGCACCAACCCAAGAAGACCUGCAAAGAAUACUACAUGCUAGUGACAUACAGGGGUUCCCAGGCAUGAUCGGGAGUAUUGACUGCAUGCACUGGGAGUGGAAAAAUUGUCCUAAAGCAUGGGAAGGUCAAUUUACUAGAGGGGAUAAGAGAACCACAACAGUUAUUCUUGAAGCAGUUGGAAAGGCUCCAGCUGUGAAUUUUUUUGUGAAUCAACAUCCCUAUAAUAUGGCAUACUAUCUAGCCGAUGGUAUCUAUCCUUCUUAUCCAACUUUCGAGGGAUGUCGGAAGGACAUCGAACGUGCAUUUGGAGUUCUUCAAGCUCGUUUUAAAAUCAUCCGUGAACCAGCUCGCUUGUGGGACAUAGAUGAUUUGAGUAUCAUUAUGAGGUCAUGCAUCAUAUUACAUAAUAUGAUUGUUGAGGAUGAACGAGAUUCAUAUGCUCAACGUUGGACCGAUUUUGAGCAAUCUGGGGAAGGUGGAUCUAGUACACAGCAACCAUACUCGACCGAGGUGUUACCCGCUUUUGCAAAUCAUGUGCGUGCUAGAUCCGAGUUGCGUGAUUCAAAUGUCCAUCACGAACUGCAAGCAGAUCUAGUGAAGCACAUCUGGGCAAAGUUUGGAAUGUCUCAGGAUUGA